AUGAUGUUGGGGAACCGUCGCAACUUUGUCUUCAGGGUGAGCAUCGUGAUAAAUAUCGCCGUGUUGCUGUACGCCGCGAUGCAUUUGUCCGGGAACAGCGCCCCGGGCGUGGAAUGGGUGCCGCUGACCGUAGACGGAUCGGAGAGGAGCGCCGACUUCAGGUACAUAAACAGGGAGGACGUGCGGAACGAAACCGAGACGCGGCCGCUCGAGUCGAGCGUGAAAAACAUCGAGGAGUCCACCUCGCAGAAGACGCCCUCCACGGUGGCGACGACGAACAAGACUGCCUCCAGCACCGCCUCGAUUGCCGAACUGGAGAAGAAGAUACUCAGCGUUGUGCCAUCUGAGCCGGACUCGACGAACGAUACAAUACUCGACAUCGUCGAUGAAAACGCUCUAACGGACGCCACUUUAGCGCGCCUUCGCUCGCUGCUCGGCUGCAACGAGAGAGAUUUCCUACCGCAGACGAUCCAGCGAGGUGACUUCUGGGUGCUCAAGAAUUUCGUGCGCGCCGACCACGGAAUCAUCCUCUGCCACGAAACCAUUACCUACACCACACACGCCGGUUUCGAAUUUCUGGACAACGUGCAACCACUCGUCGAAAGAUGGAUGGCGCCGGUGAGUUUGGCGAUUCACGCUCCGGGAGCGGACCUAGCGCCCACCGUCGACAGUAUUCGGUACCUUCGCGAUUGCCUUGGCAACGAUUUGAUCCGUCAAUACGUCACCUUCCACGUGUUCUUCUCGAACAAGCACAUCCCUAGUAAGAUACCAGACCCGGAGAGCUUUCUGCUGAACCCGUUCAAUUGCACCAACCAGCCGCCGUACGACGUCAACGCCUCUGCGACGUACAUGAAGACCAAAAACCUGCUGUAUCCGGUGAACGUAGCCAGGAACGUGGCGAGGGACUCCGCCUUGACCCACUUCAUACUUCCGUCCGACAUCGAACUGUAUCCGAGUCCCAAUCUCAUACCGCGAUUCCUGAACAUGAUCGCUAGGAACGCCAAGCCGCUGAACACCUCCACUAAGCCCAGGGUCUUCCCCAUUAGCAUAUUCGAAGUGGACGCCAAAGUUCAAGUGCCUUCUACGAAAACUGCGUUACAAGCGAUGUUGGCCAAGAAGACAGCAAUACCAUUCCAUAAGUACGUGUGCCCGAAUUGCCACAACAUACCGCAAGGGCAGCAAUGGAUGAACGCGCCAGAAACAAACCAAAUGGACGUAUUCCAUGUGGGCAAACGGCGAGGCAAAUACGUCCAUUGGGAGCCAAUCUUCAUCGGGACUCACCAAGAUCCUCAUUAUGAUGAACGGCUCAGCUGGGAAGGCAAGAAAGACAAGAUGACUCAGGGUUACAUCCUCUGCGUGAAGGAUUAUGACUUCAUGAUACUGAACAAUGCUUUCUUGAUCCACAAGCCUGGCAUCAAACACUACGUAAAGAAUCCCAAGAGGGACGCCAUCGCUGGCCGACAGUCGACCUUUGUGAAGAACGUCAUCAUGCCCGAGUUAAAAAAACUGUACGGAAACAGAAAUGGAUGCGCGCUG